AGCAUUAGUGAGGUUCCCCGCAGGCCGUAACAAAAGUUUUCCAUUUGAAACACAAAUUAGAAGCAAGCAUGGGCUUACAGGGAAUUAUGCUUAUGCAACUUACUCUAAUAGGGUUGCUAUUAGCAUCAAUGGCAGAAGCAGCGGUGGCUCAGGCCAAGCCUGGUUGCCCGGAUCGCUGUGGGAAUGUUAGCAUCCCAUAUCCAUUCGGCACAAAGAAAGACUGCAACCACAGUCAACAUUUUCUGUUGCACUGCAACGAUUCAGUGAUGCCUCCCAAACUAACUCUAGGGAUGAACUUACAUGUGGUGAGCAUCUCCUUAGGUGAGUUGAAAAUCUUGAACUUUCUGGGCAGGGAUUGUUAUAAUAGUUAUGGCGGGCUGGUUUACGAGAACGACCCCUGGCUGCGUUUAGGCUCAGGUUACACAAUCUCUGGAAAGAGAAACAAGUUCAUUGCAGUUGGCUGCGACACGUACGCGAUUGUUCGGGCUUAUAAAGGUGAAGAAAGGUACACAACUGGGUGCAUGUCUGUAUGUGAUAGCAUCACAAAUGUAAAAAGUGGAUCUUGCUCUGGGAUUGGUUGUUGUGAGACCUCCAUUCCUGAAGGAACUACCAAUUUUACUGUUAAGUUAAGCAGCUAUAAUAACCACAGAAGCGUUUGGGCCUUCAAUCCCUGCAGCUAUGCUUUUGUUGUUGAAGAAACACACUUCAAGUUCUCUUCCAAUCAAUUUAGGGAUCUCAAUAAUACAGAAAAUCUUCCCGUGGUGUUGGACUGGAGAAUAGGCAAAGAAAGGUGCAAGGCAGCACGAAAAACCGAGACUUACGCCUGUAAGGGGAAAAGCGAGUGCUACGAACCCGAUGAUUGGUCCGGCUAUCUUUGCAAGUGCUUGGAUGGUUACCAUGGGAAUCCUUACCUCCCUGAUGGUUGCCAAGAUAUUAAUGAAUGUGAUGAUCCAAGCCUCAAUAAGUGUGUAAAAAAAGGGAGAUGCAAGAACACCCCAGGGAAUUAUACUUGUUCUUGUCCCAAGGGGUACCAUGGAGAUGGCAGACAAGAUGGAGAUCGCUGUAAUCUAGAUCACUUACAAGUGAUUCCUGUUGUUCUUGGUGCGGGUAUUGGCUUUAUGAUAUUGCUUCUCAGUAUCUCUUGGCUGUACUGGGGACUCAAGAAAAGGAAGUUCAUUAGACUCAAGGAGAAGUUCUUUCAACAAAAUGGUGGUUUAAUGUUGCAACAACAACUUUCUAGACAAGAAGGAUCUGAUGAAACAAUCAAAAUUUUUACUGCUGGGGAGCUCGAGAAGGCCACUAACAAAUAUGAUGAGAGUAACAUUGUUGGUCGUGGAGGGUAUGGAACAGUCUACAAAGGAACUUUAACUAAUGGGAGAAUAGUUGCAGUCAAAAAGUCGAAGAUGAUAGAUAAAAGUCAAAUUGAGCAAUUCAUAAAUGAAGUGCUCGUGUUGUCUCAAAUCAAUCAUCGAAAUGUGGUAAAGCUUUUGGGUUGUUGUUUGGAAACUGAAGUUCCUUUACUAGUUUAUGAAUUCAUUACUAAUGGCACCCUCUUCAACUAUAUACAUGGUGAAAGGAAGGCAUCUACCAUUUCUUGGGAAGUUCGCCUACGGAUUGCCACUGAAACUGCUGGAGUCCUGUCAUAUUUACAUUCUGCAACAUCAACUCCAAUCAUUCAUAGAGAUGUUAAAUCCACCAAUAUACUUUUGGAUGAUAAUUACACAGCAAAGGUUUCAGAUUUUGGAGCUUCAAGGUUGGUCCCCCUAGAUCAAGCUCAGUUGUCUACGUUGGUGCAAGGUACUCUUGGAUACUUGGAUCCUGAGUAUUUGCUUACGAGCCAAUUGACGGAAAAAAGUGAUGUUUAUAGUUUUGGAGUCGUCUUUGUAGAGCUAUUGACUGGGGAAAAGGCACUUUCGUUUGAUAGGUCGGAGGAGGAAAGAAGUCUUGCUAUGUAUUUUCUUUCUUCAUGGAAAGAUGAUAAUCUUUUUCAAGUUCUUGACAAGCACAUAGUAAAUGAGGGAAAUAUUGAACAGUUGAGGGAAGCUGCAAACCUUGCAAAAAGGUGCUUAAGAUUGAAAGGAGAUGAGAGACCUACCAUGAAGGAAGUAUCAAUGGAGUUAGAAAGAAUUAAAAUGAUGGAAAAACAGGCAUGGAUUGAUUCAAAAGAAAAGGAACAGUUACAUGGUGAAUCUUCUCAGGCAUAUGAUAAUGAUUGUAGUUUUGGUUUUACAAGUGCUUCAUUUAAUAGUUUAAGGGUACCCAUGAAUGAUGGAAGAUGAUUGUUUUACAUGUUAUCGGCAAUCAAUGUAUGUUUGAUAAAUUGUAACUUUGAUGUGAGAAUGAAUGAGAAUUUUAAUGUUUAGAAAUA